AUGGAAAGGCCCACUAAAAGGCAGAAAACACAAACUGCCCUACAAGAUCUACCGCAAGAUCUUCUCCAGAUCGUGGCGUCAUAUCUUCAGCCCCACGACAUGGUCAACCUCUCCAUGGUGAGUCACAGCAUGAGACAUCGCCUACUUCCCAUCAUCUUUUCGAAGGCUCAGGCAACAUGGAUGCAGAUCAUGUCCCUCCAUGAGAAAAAUGAAGUGUGUUUCUUCAAUAAACAUCAUGUUCGCAGUCUCCGCAUCACCGAUGCUGUCUCGUUCAAUGAGUAUAAGCAGAAUACCUUCGGACAACUACUAUCACCAGAGGUAUUCCCCAACUUGAUCGAGGUUUCUGUCAAUCUGAUCAACCUGUCAUACUGGCUCAGAUACAACAAAUGUACUCAUGUACGUGCGUUGACGCUUUACUCAAAUAAUGUGUUUCGUGGAGUGAAAAUCUUUGAACUCUCCCACGUAGACAACUUUGCCAGUUUGCGGCUGCUCUGUCUUCACAACUACCACUUCAACUGGGAUAAUAGCGACUCUCGUCCGAAAAUUGGCCUUGACAAUCUCUCGUUGCAUGAUUGCACCUGGGAAUACCCCUUUGACCUUGCUCUUUUCAAUCCAGACGAUACUUUGAGGCAUCUCACCAUCACCUACUCGAACAACAACUCGUUCAUGCUUCUGGAGCGAUUUAUUAGUUUUCUCAAGGAUCCUUUUGUCGACCAUUCAGAGUCUCUUCGCACGGUGGCCAUCGAGUUUGUCGAUAUUACCGAGAAUAAGAAGUUACUCACGCCUACCAUCCUCCAUACGUUUCUCACGGCAUUUUCUGGCAUCGAGAGGCUCUAUCUUGCGGGAUGGACGGCAAACAUUAAUUAUUUGCGAGGAGUUUUGGCUAAUCAUACUUUCAAUUUUCCAGUGUUGCUCACGUUGAAUGUGGAGAGCUUGGAUGAUUUCGAUGUGAGCCAUUUGAAAGUGACCAACCUCAAGUUUCAUGUAAGAUCAACAGGACCAGGAUCCAAAAAGGACCACUGA